AUGAUUAUUCCAGCCGACAUUCCCGGCGACUCGCCAAUUGAGGAGGUGAGGAACGCAGUUCCAGUCACUGACGACUCAACACUCCCCGUCCUGACAAUCAGGACAUGGGUGUUGGGGCCACUCAUGUGCGCCAUCACGUCUUUCAUGUACCAGAUUUCCACGUACAGAAGGAGCGGGAUGUGGGUCAGUGAGUCGUGCGCCCAAAUUUUACUGCUUGUGCUGGGGAGACUCAUGGCCUCCACUCUUCCUGCCAAGAUGCUGGGGAUCCCGGGAACAAACUGGAAGUUUUCUCUCAAUCCAGGACCAUUCAACAUCAAGGAGCAUGUGCUGGUGGUCAUCCUCUCCACGACAGGAUUCGAAUCGGUUCAGAUGAUGGGGACCAUCGAGGCCGUCAAGGUGGUGUAUCACAAGAAUAUAAGUGUUUGGGCUUCCAUUUUGUUGAUCAUGACAUCUCAGAUGAUAGGAUAUGGUUUUGCUGGAGUGUUCAGAAGGAUUCUUGUGGACAAUCCUUACAUGUGGUACCCCUAUAUCGUACCAAAAGUAUCUUUCUAUAGAGCGCUCCAUGACAAAGAACCGAGACCUAGAGGCCGGCUCAGCGGAUUCCAAAUUCUCAUGAUUUGUGCUGUCUCUGUCUUUGCCUAUUCCAUCGUUCCUGCCUACUUCAUGCAAACUAUCUUGGUGUUGUCAUUCCUCUGCUGGAUCUGGAAAGACUCAGUCACGGUGCAUCAACUCGGCGCGGGAUUCUAUGGUCUUGGGAUUGGUUCUCUUGCCCUUGACUGGGACUCGGCUACAGCUUGGGUGGGCAACCCUUUGAUCUUGCCUAGGUUCACAAUCGUGAACACACUGGUUGGAUUCGUGGCUUUAAUGUACGUGUGCAUUCCGGUGGCCUAUCAGAUGAAUUUGUUUGACGCGAAGAAGUUCCCAAUAUUAAAUUCAGGUUCAUUUGAUUAUUCGGGAAACGAGUAUGAUGUUACACGGGUGCUUGGAGAAGAGUUAAAACUUAACGAGCAGGCGUACAGGGAGUACUCAAAGUUGUACAUGAGCAUUGGCUUUGUCAUACAAAUGGGAUUCGGAUUCGCUGCACUCACUGGAGCAUUGACUUAUUUUCUUCUGUUCCACGGAAGGGAGACCUGGCAGCAGCUGAGGCAGUCAAUGAAAAACGAGAGCAAGUCCGGCGACAUUCACAACGAGCUCAUGAAGAAGUACGAUCCUGUCCCUCGGUGGUGGUUCUACACGAUUAUCGUGUCGAUGGCUAUUCUUGGCAUUGUCAAUUGCCAGCUCUUUGGCCAAGAAUUCCAACUUCCCACUUGGGCAUUCCUACUUUCCUUGGCUAUACCAUCCAUCUUCAUUCUUCCCCUGGGCAUGAUUGAAGCUACCAAUGGCACUUACCUCGGAAUAGGCGGUGUCGCCGUGUUGCUCAUCGGCCAUAUAUCCCCAGGGAGGCCUUUAACCAGCAUCAGUUUCCCGGCCUAUGCCCAAAGCACUAAGAUGCACGCCAUCACGUUUUUAGCCGAGUUCAAGCUAGGGCAUUACGUGAAGAUCCCGCCGAAAUCCAUGUUCCUUGUUCAGAUCUUCGGCUCGCUUCUCUCCAGCUCUGUCAAGCUUGGUACUGCCUGGUGGGCCCUUACGUCGGUCGAGAACAUUUGCGACCGAGACAAGCUGCCUAAGGGGAGCAUGUGGACAUGCCCCGGGAUCCAGAACACCUUGACCAGCUCCAUGGUAUGGGGCGGGAUCGGGCCGGCCAGGAUUUUCUCGCCAGGGGCCUACGGGCGAGUCUACUACUUCCUCCUGGUGGGGGCGGCCGCACCCCUGGUGGUGUGGCUCGCGGCCAGGGCCUUCCCAGGGAAGAAAUGGAUCCGGCUCAUCAACUUCCCGGUCAUCUUCAUGUCGGCCGCAACCGUGCUCCCGGCUCAGCCGGUGCACUACUGGACGUUCUUCGCGGUGGCGGCCAUGUACCACCUGGUGGCCCGGAGGGUGGCAAAGGGGUGGUGGGCCCGGCACGUGUACGACGUGUCUAACGGGUUGGACCUUGGGUUCGCCUUCUGUGGGGUGCUCGUCACUGUGUGCUUUGGGUUUUCCGAAAUACUGGGGCCAGCCUGGUGGGGCAGGGACUUCGACUCCUUCUGUCCGCUGUCCGAGUGUCCGACCGCACCGGGCGUCGUCCACGAAAACUGCCCCGUCUUCUGA